UUAGAAAUAUACCAAACAGAUUUUCAUUAACCAAGACUUAAAUUUGUUGUAAAAUACAAAAUGCUAGUAGGAUAUUCCGGUGAAAUGGCCAAAUACAGAUAAUAUAAAAUAAAACCCUUUUAACAUGAUUGAACCCAGAACGUUAGUCAGGGAAUGUGUACAAGGAUAUGUAUUUUGGUCCUUAUUCCAAGGCCUAGGACCAAUGAUAUGGUUUUAUCCAUUGAAUGAAUUGGAACUUUCUGGAUAUGAGAUAUUUGCUGUCACAUUUUUUGCACCUGUACUCCUUGGAAUACCAGGUGUUCUCAAACUUCUACAGAACAGAUGGAUAUUAGGUAUACUUCGCCUGGCAACUGUUGGCAGCCUUGCCUCAUUCCAAGCCAGUACCACAUUGAUGAGGCUGGCUAUACUAGCACUUGGGACAGGUGCUGCUAUGUUAGUUUUUACUGUAACUUUGUGGAGUAAAGACUCUAGAAUAAGGUGCCACACAUUUUGGGGAAUAAUUUUAGGUUUCCUGUCCUUUGUAACCAGUAGAGUAUGGUUUGUUUCCUUUGUACCAACAUGGUGGAGUAACCAGACUAAUUCUAUUGUGAUAGGUAUUGGAGCUAUAGCAGCAUUAGACCAUAUUAUCUCAGGUUCCGAUAUAUCUGAAGUAAAAGAAUCUCCUUCCAAGAAAACUGACCGACCAUAUUGGUUACCAACAGCCAUUGGUUUUGGUAGUUUGUUAUAUCUUACACAUUGGUGUUUUGGUGAAUCGUCAUUGGUUCUGAGAUGGGUUGUGAAAGGAUAUCCUGAUCAUGGACCUGCACCGUAUCCAUGGGGAUCCUUAAUAUUGAUAGGUUUAGGUUUGGGAGUACUGGUAAUGUCCUGGAGUGGGAUAACAAAGUCAAAGAUCUGGUGGAUUGUGGGAUUGAUUUCUAUAUUGAUGUUAUAUUACCUUCCAACAUGGAUGGGAUUCAUGGGUGGACUUGCACUGUCCAUUUACACAAUGUCAGUAUGGCCUGUUCUGGUUGAUAGAUUGACCUUGUGUCCUCCAGCAAGGUCAAUGUUUGUUGUCAUGGUAACUUACCUGGUACAGAUAUUUUUCUUUGUAUGGACGGUAGCCUACAACUUUGUACCAGGAGGCGUAUAUACUAGAGAACAUACAGACUUCCUUAUAGCUGUUGUGAUGAUAGGGAUCUUCAUAGGAAUGUUUAUAGGUGGAGAAUAUAAUAGCCAUACAGCAUUUCCAUGUGACAACAAGAAACCGGUUCCAUUCAACAAAAUAAGAACAGUGACUGUAUUGAUUGUGUGUAUAGGACUAUUGGGUUAUGGAAUGAGAUACAGUGACAAUCAAAUUAAACAACCAGAAAAGAAGAAUGAAAAAGAAUUUUCUGUUGCAAUUUGGACAUUUCAUUUUGGAUAUGACAACAAAGGAUGGCCGAGUAUGGAGAGAGCUGCCAAACUCUUUAAAGACACUGGAGCUGAUGUUAUAACUUUACUAGAAAGUGAUGCCUCCAAACCUUUCCUAGGAAAUAAUGAUCUUGGUAUGUGGUUUGGUGAGAAAUUAGGAAUGUAUGUGGACUUUGGACCUGCGACGAAGGAUCACACAUGGGGGAACCUCAUCCUAUCCAAGUACCCAAUAGUAAAAUCCACUCACCAUCUUUUACCAUCUCCACAUGGAGAACUAGCCCCAGCUAUAACAGCUACAAUUAACAUCAGUGGUAACCCUGUAGAUUUUGUGGUGACACAUAUGGGUAACGAUAGAGACAGAUUAGAUAGAAAACUUCAGGCAAAGUUCCUGGCAAAAGAAAUAACAGAAUGUGAGAACCCUGUAAUUUUCCUUGGAUAUGUGACGUCUGCUCCACACAGUCCUGAAUACAAUGAUUUAGUCAAGUCGGGUAAUGUCAAGGACAUAGAUGAAACAGAUUAUGAAAGAUGGUGUGAAUAUAUAAUGUAUAGAGGGCUAAAAAGACUUGGGUAUGCUAGAAUUACACAUGCAGGAUUAAGUGAUACAGAGAUACAGAUGGCCAAAUUUGAAAUUCCAGAAGAUCCUAAAAAUUAUAAAGACAAUAUGAGAGUUAUAACUGAUUCUGCAAUGGUUAACAAAGAAGUUCAUUUUAAUCAAAAAUUUGGAAAGUUCAAAUCAGGACAUAGAAAUUUGAAAACACAUGGGUUUCAUAUGGAUACACCAAAAUAUUUCUUGCCAUAAUUCUUCAUUUAUGUGUGUGCUCUCUACUCUAGCUGUAAUCAAGCCCUCCUUAUGAUGAAGUGGCAUUAAACUGCCAUCAAUCAAUCUUGAUACUAGUCUUAUAGAUAUUAAACAUUGAAGUCCUGACUUCUUUAUUUUACAUGUAACUAAUUAGGAAAGGAGAUACUAAUUUUUCUAGGAAUAAGAAUUUAUUUUAAACCGACUAUA